AUGAGGACCUAAACACUUUUGGAAUACCAAACUGAUCAAGAACUGAUACAAAAAGUAACUGAUUUUAUUACACCAGCAGGUUCAACUGCAAUUCGGAGAUUUUAUAGUUGUAAGAUCGUCAUACUUGUACUUCAGAUCCCUCAAAAUCUCCUAUUUAACCACUUGUUUUGCUUAGAAUGCUUGAAUCACGGAAUCAGCCCCAUCUGGUUAGACUCCAAUUACCUUUGUAUUUGGACUCAUGGCUUUGCUGUAAGUAGCAAUUUCUGCAGCAAGUGCUCUUUGUCCAACAAGCAAAAAUAUGUAAUCUACAUCUCUUUGGCAUCUCAUUAGGAAUUUCAAUUCCCUUAUGUUGAAUAAUUCUUGUACAAUUGUACCACAAACAUGAAUGGUUUUGAUGUUGUCACUUGGAUGUAUGAGUAUUUUUUUGUUCAGCUUCCUCACAUUCAACCAACUGUUUUGAUCUCCACAUCUUACUUACCGUUUUUCUAUUUUAUAUCAAGUUUCCAACCGUAAAAGACUUCAGGAAUAGAAAUCANUCUAUUAACAAAUAAAUUUAAGACUUUCGAAAUUGCUGUCGACAGUAGGUUCAAAUAAGCCAAUCCAAAUUCUACAUGUUCUUGUUUAUUGUCAGAAAUCAAUUUUGAAAAUAUGAAAAAUAGAAUUAAGCAGAACUCAAAUUCCGCUUAUUCGCUGAUUUACUAGGGAUCGAUUGAUGGGUUGAACCCCAACAACUUUUGGACCAAAAUCUCAAGCAAGAGCAAUCUACUUAUGAUAAUGAAAACAAAGAAUAAUAACUGUGUGUUUGGAGGAUACUCCCCUUGUCAAUGGUACAGGACUCAACAAUCAUAAGCUAUGGCAGAUCAAGAAGGCACUUCAUUUAUAUUUGUAUAAAGUCCCAAUCAAUAAAUGUACUACUACCCAAUCAAGAAGGAAUACAAGCUUUAAGCUAUCACUCUGAAUCAAAAUUUUGGCCCUACAUUUGGCAAACCAGAUCUUCAAAUUUCUGCUGACUUCAAAGAAGGAUAAUUGAAUCUAGGAAAUUAUUACUUUAGAGAUCCCAAAGAAAAUUAACUCAGCUUCAUCUUGGGACCUAAAUUAGAAGAAAUCAUCGAAUGUGAAGUAUUUUAAUUAUGA